AUGACUCAGCAAGCAGACAAAACUUACUAUCCUUGUUGCGGGGCUUGGGAGGGAGAUAUGGUACCAUUCAGUUUUGGAGAAUGGCAGGCGUUCAACGGAGUCCUUGUGAAUAACAUUGGGCCCACACACGAAGAGGCACUCGAGGUUGAUAUCCAUCGUUUCUAUGCCUAUCUUCUCCAGGGCACGUUCUCCAAAUACUACUAUGAGUACUUUCGCGACCAUGUAGAUAAAAUUUUCUCCAAUUUCCGUGAAGAAUUUGACUUUCUUCCUGCCAACCCUCGUCUCGGCUUCUUUUUCUUUAAGGAGUGGACUCGCAGAACUACAGAGUGGUACAAGGAGUAUCGCUAUCCAGGCUUGACUGUACAUGAGUUGCAUCUCAAGCUCGUAGACGAGUACAUUAAGGGACCCUUGUCGCUCUCCCCCGAGGACCUCGAAAGCUUCAGAGAGCGUCGAGGAAUGCGUGCGAAAGUUAUCAGAUACGAUCUGGUAUCCGAACAGUGGACCAGAUUUGGUCUCUGCACACAAAGCCACUGA